AUGAAAGCCGUAUCUGUUGCCCUCUUUUUUCUCGCCGGAUCGGCCCUCGCGUUACCGCCUUCUCAGAGGCUAGAACGACGUGUCGCUGUGACGGACGAGCAGUCGUCCUCUCAGUGGGUAGACACUGCGACUGGGGUAGACACUGCGCCUAAACCCGAGGAAGACGAGUGCACCGAGGAGGGAAAUACGAAGACUGAGCCCGAGGCAGACGAGUGCACCGAGGAGGCAGAUAAGAAGCCUACACCCGAGGAAGUUAAGAAGACUGAGGCCGAGGAAGACGAGUGCUCCGAGGAGGGAGAUAAGAAGACUAAACUCGAGGAAGUUAAGAAGCCUAAGGCCGAGGAAGACGAGUGCACCGAGGAGGGAGAUAAGAAGACUAAACCUAAGCAAGACACUGCGACUAAGCAAGACACUGCGAUUGAGCAAGACACUGCGACUGAGCAAGACACUGCGACUAUGCCCACGGAAGGUACUACGACUAAACCUGAGCAAGACACUAAGACUAAACCUAAGGAAGACGAGUCCACCUCCGGGAAAGGCACUGCGAUUGAACCUAAGGAGGAUGCUAUAACUGAACUUAAGGAAGUUACUAUGGCUAAGCUUGAGGAAGAUAAGAAGCCUAAACCCGAGGAAGUUAAGAAGACUAAGGCCGAGAAAGACGAGCGCACCUCGUCAGCUUUCAAGCGUUAG